UCAGCUACAACGCCGGGGUCAGCGCUUGCGAGAAAGGGAGUCAGUGGCAGCGAGCGCUGGCGCUGCUCGGCGAGAUGCGGGAGGCGAAGCUGGAGCUCACCGUCGUCACUACAACCGUGGAGUCGACGCGUGCGCGAAGAGUGGGCAGUGGCAGCGGGCACUGGCGCUGCUCAGCGAGAUUAGGGAGGUGAAAUUGGAGGCCAACGUCAUCAGCUACAGCUGCGGGAUCAGCUCGUGCGAGAAGGGCGAGCAGUGGCAGCACGCCUUGGCGCUGCUCAGCGAGAUGAAGGAGGCGAAGCUGGAGCCCGGCGUCAUCUCUUCGGUUACAGCGCUGGGAUCAGCGCGUGCGAGAAGGGAGAGCAGUGGCAGCGGGCUGUGGCGCUGCUGUGCGAGAUGCGAGAGGUGAAGGAGGAGCCCAAUGUCAUCUGCCUACAGCGCCUUGAUCAGCGCGUGCGAGAUUUGCAGACAGUGGCAGGGGGCUUUGGCGCUGCUCAGCGACAUGAGUGAGGCGAAGUUGGAGCCCAGCGUCAUCUGCUUAUUCAGUUGUACCAGCGCAUGUGAUAGAGGUGGGCAGGUCAUGCAGUUGCUGUCAAUGCUCAGCAAGUUUCCCGAGCAGGAGAUGUCGGAGCUCAGCAAAUAUUCGGAGAUGAUGGUGAGCCGAGCGGCAUAAGCAACACCGCCAGGAUCAGCGCGUGCGAGAAGGGCGAGCAGUGGCAACGAGCUUCGGCGCAGCAGCUCGAGAUGUGGAAGGCGAAGGUGUAGAACUUAGCGUUAUCCAUGCAGCUACACCGCUGGGCUGAGCGCGUGCGAGACAGGCGAGCAGCGGCAGUGGGCUAUGGUGCUGCUCCGCGAGACGACAGCGGUGGCAGCGGAGCCCAACGCCAUCAUCGACAGCGCCGCGGUCCCGCGGCCCCAAGGCUCUGGCCUCGAGGGUGCCUCGGACGGCCCCCGCCAGGCCCCGCCGGGAGAGGGGUGCUCCUGGGCGAGGCCCGCCGCUUCCUCCUCCUCCUCCUCCUCCUCCUCCUCCUCCUCCUCCUUUUCCACCUCCUCCUCCUC